AUGGGAAAAAAGGUUGGGGUUGGAAGUGAUCCUAGGUCUAAACAGAUUUCUCAGCAGUUUAUGGAAGACCUCAUGAAACAAGUCAUUGAUGGAAAGGAUAGUGAUGUCACAUUUGAUAACUUUCCUUUUUACUUAAGUGAAAGAAUCAAGAUUUUGUUGACUAGUGCUGGAUAUUUUCAUUUAAGACAACAUGACCUAUCCAACCACACAAAGAGCCUUUUGCCCGUAAGCCGAGCUAUUUUGCUUUCUGAACCUACCGGUAUUUUGCGUACAAAUCCUAUCUUGUCAUGUAAAAAUUAUGAAGAGCUUUAUCAUCAUAUGCUUGCCAAAGCUUUAGCACAUUGCUUUGAAUCGAAGUUAUUGUAUCUAGAUAUGGAUUACUUCUCUUUGAAGAUGCAGGGCAAAGAUGGAUGUUCUACAAAAGAACCACAUUUAAAAAGGUCCAUAUUUGAGGCGACUCGGGAGCGUGUGUCUGGUUUGUUUAACCGUUUGCAAAGCAUCCCUUCAACAGGUGUGAUUAGAGCUGCUAAAGGAACUCCUUCGAAGUGCAAAAGCCGGGACUGUUUUCAAGAAAAGCUUUUUCUAUAUUCACUCUACAAGGUCUUGGUUUCUAUAUCACAAACUGAUUCUGUUAUUUUAUACAUCAAGAAUGUCGAGAAGAUCUUUCUUCGAUCACCAAGGAUGUACAGUUUCUUCAAAAAGCUAUUCGAUAAAAUUUCAGGACCAGUGUUGAUACUCGGUUCUAGGUCUGAUGAUUUAAAAGAUGAUUGUACAGAAGUCAAUGAAAAACUCACUAUGUUAUUCCCUUACAAUAUUGAGAUUAAGCCGCCUCAGGAUAAGGCUCAUCUCAAAAUCUGGACAGAACAACUAAAAAAGGCCAUGGAAAAGACUUCUUUGGAAGAUAAAACUACCCGCAUUGCUGAAGUGUUUGCAACAAAUGACAUUGAUUGUACUGUCUUGGAUUCAAUUAGUCGUAGCGACAUGAUGCUACUUAGUAAACACACCGAAGAGAUUGUGGCGUCUUCAAUUUUUUAUCACUUGAAGAAUACUGAAAAUCCAGAGUACCGAAAUGGAAUCCUAACUAUAUCGGCCACGAGUUUGUGCCAUGUAUUGAAACUUUUUCAGGAGGGUGAAAGUGGUGAAAAGGAUGAAAACAACAAUAAGAAAGAGUCAAAAAAGGAUGAUGCCGGAAAAGGUAAACCUAUUUCAAACGGGACAAAAAAAGACAGCGAUAUUAAAGCUAGUUUGCAGAGUGUUCCUGUUGACAACCCCUACGAGAAAUUAAUAAGACAAGAGCUUAUCCCUGCAAGUGAGAUAAAGGUGAAUUUUUCAGAUAUUGGUGCGUUGGAUGAUGUAAAAGAAUCACUUCAAGAAGCGGUUAUGCUUCCCCUUAGAAGACCAGAUUUUUUCAAAGGCGGAGGGUUAUUGAAGCCAUGUAAAGGUGUAUUGCUUUUUGGACCUCCCGGCACAGGAAAAACAAUGCUUGCAAAGGCAAUUGCAAAUGAAGCUGGAGCAAGUUUCAUCAAUGUCUCUCCGUCUACCAUCACUGGUAUGUAUUACGGACAAAGUGAAAAGAAUGUUCGAGCUCUAUUUUCAUUAGCGGCAAAGGUUGCCCCGACUAUUAUUUUCAUUGAUGAAGUAGAUAGCUUGCUUGGGAAGCGGACUAUGCAUGAGCAAAACGUUGUGAGAAGCAUUAAAAAUGAAUUCAUGACUCAUUGGGAUGGACUUUUGUCAAAACCCGAUGAGAAAAUUAUUGUUCUUGGUGCGACCAACAUGCCAUUUGCCCUUGAUGAAGCAGUUAUAAGACGGUUUCAGCGCAGGAUCAUGGUUGGUCUUCCGUCUGCUGAAAACAGGGAAGUGAUCUUGAAAACUCUUCUAGCUAAGGAAAAAUGUGAAGAUAUAGACUUCAAAGUGCUUUCAACUAUGACAAAAGGAUAUAGUGGGAGUGAUCUUAAGAACUUGUGCAUGACUGCAGCAUAUCGCCCCGUUCAGGAGCUACUGCAACAGGAGAGGGCCAAAGAAAUGAAAAAGAAGAAAAAAGAGGCAGAAGCUGAAAUCUCAGAAGUCGCCUCCAAUGCUACGGAAGAAGAUCGAGUGAUUGUCCUCAGGCCUUUAAACAUGGAAGACAUGAGAGAUGCAAAGAACAAGGUGACUCCAAGCUUUGCUGAAGAAGGAUCAAAUAUGAGAAUGUUAGAGCAAUGGAAUGAUCAGUAUGGAGCAGGAGGUUCAAGGAAGAAAAAGAAGGAGCAGCUUAGCUAUUUCUUAUAGAUAUAGAAAGCCAAGUUUGAAUAUGGAUACAUCAAUAUUCAUCUCAAAGAUGUAUAUAUAGUCUUUUUUUCCAAUUAAUUAAUC